AUGGUGGGCAGAGGUAUGGUCAAGAAACGACCAAAACAGAGUCAUGACAUGACUCUUAGAGAAACCUCACUGACGCCUAUCUCAUUACCCACAACUACUAGCACACCUUUACCUUCGACAUUGAUGGACACAUCAACUUCUCCAUUGUCAUCAGUUCGGGAUUUGGAUGCUGACUUGAGCGAAAUAGACAUUUUAAUUCAAAGAUACCUAGCAAAUACACAGUACAAAACAGCAGUAUUUUGGGCAGACAAGCGAUUGGCACUGUGUCGAAAAAGUGGAUUUAAAGUAUCAUUCAUUGAUGUGGCUCAUUUCAUCAAGGUUUAUAGAUUUUAUGUUUGGUAA